AUGAAAGUGUUCCUGAGUGUGUUCGUUGCGGCCGGGUGUGUGCUGAUGGUCCUGGCUGGCCAAUCAAGUGGCAAGGAUGGCUGCAGUGGUCCUGACGGAGCGCUGGCUUGCCAUGGAACGCGUCUCGUGCGGACUCUCGUACGGCGCAUGGCUCGUGGCACGAGUCCAGCGGACGAAAGCGGCUCCGUACGUCUGCUGCCGGGCGUGGAAAUCGUGGAAAGUGCCGCUGAAGGGCCGACGGUGGAACGCGAACGUUCGCUAAACGAAGAGGAAGACCGCACGGUGCUGGGUAGGAUUGGACGUUACCUGCAACAACACGAGCUUCGCAUCAACCUCGGCCAAAUGGUGCAACGUGGUGACAUCCAGGAAGCGAUCCGGGGCGCAUUUGGAGCCAUCGAUCCCGAGCUGGUUGCGGACGUGGCCGAGGCACGCAAAAAGGAUAAAGGCGGUCUGGGCGCGAUCAUGAUGAUGGGACUGAUGAUGGGCAAGCUGCUGGCGGCGUUGGGCUUCGGUGGUGUAGGACUACUCGCUCUUAAGGCUCUUGGUGUGUCGAUGGUGGCGCUGUUGUUAUCGGCCAUCUUGGGUCUGAAGAAACUCACCGAGCAGGGUGAUCACAAGGGACGCUACAACGACGAGCACUUUGAACUGCACUCGGACGAUGGGCAACAUGGCCACGAUGGAAAUGCCCGUCGACGUCGUUCGGCUGCCAACCAGUUGGCGUACAAGGGCUGGAGACACUGA